AUGACGCGACGUAGACCGCAGGAUGGAUCGAGCGAAGGGAAGACGUACGCGAACGUGAGCGCGCCGCCGACGAUGAAACCGUUGACGGUUAAGAUGCUGAAGCGAGCGAUCGACGCGCGACAGACGCCGGAUGAAACGCUCGUGGUGAAUGGGGUGCCGGUUCAUAACCUGACCGUCGUCGGUAAGAUUGUGGGCGUCGAGAGUAAGAGCUCGUACGUUUUGUACAAGGUGGACGAUUCCACCGGGGUGUGCGACGUCAAGGUGUGGAGUGACCAAGACGGCGAUCAGACGGCCGAGCCGAUCGAGGUUGGCGCGUACGUUCGUGUGUAUGGCUCGGUGAAGACUUUGGCCAACGAACACAUGAUUGCCGCGCACACUCAGCAGGCGGUGCGUAAGAUUACCGACCACAACGAGGUGACGUUUCACAUGUUGGAAGUCGUGUACGCGAGCGGCCACGCCGAAAAGACCAAGGUCUCGGGCGGUGCCGCGCCGGCGAACGCUUACACCGUGCCGCAACAAGCGCCGAACGUCGCCGCGAAUGGUGAUUUGGGCUCCGAGGAAAUCGACGUUUCAAUUAUGGGCGUGCUGAAGCAGUUCGCCGAGGGCGAGCAAGGGAUGACCGUUGAUGAAAUCGCGUCGAAGCAAAACGGCAAGUUUACUCGCGAUGCCAUCAAAGCUGCGCUCGAAGAAAUGUCGAACGGUGGUGAGGUGUUCACGACUAUCGACGAAGACCACUACGCCGCUGUGUAA